AGCUGAGGCUGUUGGCUCAAGAGCCGAGCCAUGCCGAUGGAUGCCGGGUACUUAACCGGCUUGGGCCUGCCUUUUGGAGGCCCCCCGGUGGUCUUGAGACUGCCAGAGGAGACUGAGGCCUCGGCGGCUUGGAGCUCCAAGCCGCAGGCCAAGGAGAAGCCCGCGAAGCCCGCGGCCAAAGCCGAGGCCAAGGCCGAGGCCAAGGCAGAGGACGGGCCGGAUGGAAGAAGCUUCCUGGAAAAGUGGAUCGAAACAGAUCUAGCACCCGGCGGCCGAUGCCACAAGCAGAAGGUGCUGACCAGAUUCCCUCCGGAGCCCAACGGUUAUUUGCACAUUGGCCAUGCCAAGUCCAUCACCAUUAACUUUGGGCUGGCGCACAAGUACGGCGGCGAGUGCAACCUGCGCUUCGAUGACACCAACCCGGAAACCGAGGAGGUGGAGUACGUCGAGUCCAUCAAAGAAGACGUGGAGUGGGUUUGCCAGGCGCUGGAGAUGGAGAAGUGCAAGAAGGGCGGCAAGCCGUGGAAGGGCGAGGUGCUCUUUGCAAGCGAUUACUUCGAGAAGAUGUACGGCUUUGCCGUCGACCUGAUCAAGCACGGCAAGGCCUAUGUGGACUCACAGACCGCCGAGGAGGUGCAGAAGAAUCGCGGCGGAGGGCCCAACAACCUACCCGGGGUGGACUCUCCCUUCCGCAACCGGAGCCCGGAGGAGAAUCUGCGGCUCUUUGAGGAGAUGCAAGCGGGGAAGCACCCGGAAGGUUCGCUUUUGCUCCGUGCGAAGAUCGACAUGAACCACCCCAACAUGAACAUGAGAGAUCCGCCCAUGUACAGAAUCCGGUUUAGCCACCACCACCGGAGUGGCGAUCGCUGGAAGGUGUAUCCGAUCUACGACUUUGCCCACGGCAACGAAGACGCCAUUGAGGGGAUCACACAUUCCAUUUGCACACUGGAAUUCGAGAAUCAUCGUGCACUGUACGACUGGUUUCUAGACAACACCAGCACCAUCCCCAGCCGGCCUUACCAGAAGGAGUUCGCCCGCCUGGAGGUGCAGGGCGCUGUGACCUCCAAGCGGAAGCUGCUGCGCCUGGUGAAGGAGGGCCACGUCACCGGCUGGGACGACCCCCGACUGCUGACGGUGCGGGGGAUUCGCCGCAGAGGGGUGCGGCCGCAGGGCCUGAAACGGAUGUGCGACGCCGUCGGCGUCAGCGACCGCAACAGCACCACCCCCUGGGACCUCGUUGAGGAAUGCUGGCGGGAAGACCUGGAGUCCGUGAGCAAGCGCCGGCUGGCGGUGCUGGACCCUCUAGAGGUGGAAAUCGUGGAUUACAACAAGGAGGAGGUGAUUGAGGGGAUCACCGACUUCCCGGAUCAGUCCCCUGAUCCCAGCUGCGCUCGCAGCCUCAGUUUUUCCAAAACCAUCUUUAUUGACAGAUCGGACUACCAGGAGAAUCCACCCGAAGGGUACUUCCGACUGGGAAACAUUGGAAGCGAGGUGAAGCUCAGAUAUUCCUAUGUGAUCAAAUUGAAGGAGGUGGUCAAAGACAAGCAAGGGAAGGUGAUGAAGCUGAAAUGCAGUCAUGACCCCAGCACGAGGGACGUGAUGCCGGCAGACAGAAAGCCCAAGGUAAUUCAUUGGGUGAACGCCAAGGAUUGCAUGGACGCGGAGGUGCGGUUGAUCAACCCGCUCUUCCUGCCCAUGCCGGACCCCAUGCCUGAGGGCAAGGACUUUUUGAGCUUCAUCAACCCGGAGGCCUGGGUCGUGUGCCGGGCCAAGGUGGAGAAGGCCCUGGGGAGCUGCCAGCUCCAGGACCGCUUCCAGUUCGAGCGGGUGGGAUAUUUUGCGCCCGACUACGACUGCUUUGCAAAGCCGCCAAAGCUGACGUUCAAUCGCGUGGUGCCACUGAAAGAGUCCUCGGACAAGAAAAAGAUCGAGGGCAAAGGCACCGCCAGCCGCAAGGAGGCCCAGCAGGCGGCGGCCGCCGAGAAGGAUCGCCUCCAGAAGAUCCCCCCAGAGGACUUCUUCAAGCAAGAGAGAGGAGAAGAGUUCUCCGCCUACGAUGAAGCCGGACUACCAACCCAUGACAAGGAUGGGAAUCCUUUGCCAAAGAGCUCCGUCAAGAAGCUGCAAAAGGACCUCGAGAAGCAGAAAAAGCUGCACGAGUCGUGGAAGGCAACGCAGUAGUCUUCUGUCCGCCUCCCGAAGCUCGGCAGAGAAGAUGUACAGCCAGCGAGCGAUCGGCAAAGAUGCGAUCGGCCUUGGAGUUUGGAGAAGCGAGCAAUGUGUUCAUCCCAAGCGAGUCCCAC